GCCUGGGGACUCACCUAUGCAAGCGAGCUCCCAGAGACAUGCAGCGUUGAGGACAUCCGGCAUUUCUGCAAUCCCAAAGUCGCUCAGCGCUGUUUCUGGACCACAGCGAGUACUACUCCCUCAUGAAGCACGCCAACGGUUCGAAGGGAGCCCGCUCCGCGAAAGCCAAGGGCAAGAAAAAUUAUGUCGAUGACGAGGAUGAAAGCUCCAGCGCCCUGAGCGCCUUUGACUCACCAGAGAGUGAGCUGUCCGGCGAUGACGAUGCUAGCAACAACGACAACGAUGCCCUCGAUGAAUACGACGACGAUGAAGAAUCCUCUGGAUACCGCAAGACUGCAAAGGCUAAGAAGCCGAAGGUCGCUGCUUCGACCGCCUCUGUCGAGCACCAGCCUGUCUUUCCGCCCAUGCACUUCACCACCAGCAGCAAGCUGGUGCCUUUCGAGGUCGUUCAGAUCCCUAUUGGUGAAAAGGACCUCAAUUCGGUCGAAAAACUUCUUUCAUAUCGCGUGCAUGACGAGGAGGAGCAGCUGUACGUCAAGUACAAGCAUCUGAGCUACCAUCACUGCGAAUGGAUCUCCAAGAGCGUCUACGAGAACCUGGAUCGCUUUGGAAAACAGCGAGUCCGGAGGUUCCUGGACAAGCCCCUCUAUGAAAGCCAGUGGAGCGAGGACGAGAUUUUCAAUCCCAGCUUCUUGAAGAUCGACCGCCUUAUCGACGAAGGCGAGUUUUCCGGCGAGGUUUACUAUCUUGUCAAGUGGGCCGCUCAGACGUACGAUCUUUCAACAUGGGAGUCGCAAAGCAUGAUUGAAAAGAUCGAUCCCGAAAAAAUCCAGGAGUACAUAGAGAAUAAGACCCUGAAGCACGCCAAGCUGCAGUCCUAUCAGAACCCUCACUACCGCCCAUCGCCCAAGUCCUGGAUCAGGCUUGAAGAAUCGCCAGUGUACAAAAACGACAACACUGUGCGCCCCUAUCAGCUCGAAGGCCUCAAUUGGCUCACAUUCUGUUGGUUCACUCGACAAAACAGCAUCCUGGCUGACGAGAUGGGCUUGGGCAAGACCGUUCAGUCCGUCGUGUUUUUGGACCAUCUGUACAUCAAACAGGGAAUCCAUGGGCCGUUCUUGAUCAUAACUCCCCUGUCAACCAUUGGAAACUGGGAACGUGAGAUCAAGGGCUGGAGCAACAUGAACUGCGUGGUCUACCACGGCAAGGACACUGCCCGCAAUCUUAUUGUCGAAACAGAGUUCUACUACCGUAACUUGCAGGGCAAUAUGAUCCCAAAUGUCUACAAAUUCGAUAUUAUCUUGACGACCUACGAAAUGGCCAUGUCGGGUGCUUCCCAGCUUAAGCCCAUCAACUGGCGAUGUGUGAUUCUCGAUGAAGCGCAUCGACUCAAGAACAAGACGUCCAAGAUUAGCGAGACCCUCAAGGGAUUCAAGAUGGAUCACCGAGUCUUGCUGACCGGCACGCCUCUGCAAAACUCACUCGAGGAGCUCUGGGCUCUCUUGAAUUUCCUGGAGCCAGAGAAGUUCGCAUCCGAGAAACAUUUCCAGAGCGAGUAUGGUUCUCUCAACAGCGCUGCUGAUGUGGAGCGCCUCCAAGGUCUGCUCAAGCCCCUGAUGCUUAGGCGCCUCAAAGAAGAUGUCGAAAAGUCCAUUCCUGUCAAGGAAGAAACGAUUGUAGAAGUAGAGCUGACGACUUCGCAGAAGAAGUGGUAUCGAUCGAUUCUAGAGAGGAACUUUGGAUGGCUCAAGCAGGGCACCCAGAGAAAAAAUGUCCCGAACCUGAUCAACACAAUGAUCGAGUUGCGAAAGUGCUGUAUCCACCCGUUCCUGUUGAAAGGUGCCGAGGAGUACAUUCACCAAGAGUCCGGUUCCCAAACGGCCGAGGAGCGAUUUAUGGAUCUCAUCGAGUCGUCGGGCAAGAUGGUUUUGAUCGACAAGCUGCUCAAAAAGCUCAAAGCCGGGGGCCACAAAGUCCUGAUCUUUUCGCAGAUGACGCGCUGUUUGGAUAUCAUUCAAGACUAUCUCCGUGGCCGUCAAUACGCGUUUGAGCGCAUUGACGGCUCAGUGCGUGGAGAUUUGCGUCAGGCAGCAAUCGAUCGCUUCUCUAGCAAAGAAAGCAAUAGCACCUUUGUCUUCCUGCUUUGCACCAGGGCCGGCGGAGUCGGAAUCAACCUCACAGCCGCGGACACGUGCAUCAUUUUCGACAGCGACUGGAAUCCACAAAAUGAUCUCCAGGCGCAGAGUCGAUGCCAUCGAAUUGGCCAAACCAAGCCUGUGCAGAUUUACAGACUGAUCACCAAGAACACCUACGAGCAAGACAUGUUCAACAAAGCGAGCAUGAAACUCGGCCUGGAUCGUGCACUGCUCCAGCGCAUGGAUGCAAGCGACGACAACGGCUCGGGCUCGCUGGCACCAUCGGCGCUCUCAAAGCAGGAAAUCGAGCAGCUCCUCAAGAAGGGCGCAUACGGUGCAUUCAUCGACGACGAGGCGAGCAAGCAGUUUUGCGCCGAAGAUAUCGACCAGAUUCUCGAGCGGCGCACCCAAACCAUUCGCCACGACAACAGCCAAGAAAAGAGCUCGAUCUUCUCCAAGGCCACAUUUGCUGUGUCGAACACUGGCAACGAGGUCGAUAUCAACGACCCCAACUUCUGGGACAAGGUCGCUGAGCAGGCCAAGUUGAAUGUCGUUGAGCAAGUCUCACCCUAUCAGACUCUGAUUAUCGACGAGCGGCGUCAGAGACGGCAAGUGCAGCGCUUUGGAGCUGAAGACGAGCUAUAUGGCGACGACGAUGACUACGAGGAAACGCGAAAGCGAACGACAGGCGACCCGAAGCUGUGGUCGCAGACGGAGAAAACCAAGAUGGAGCGCUCGAUCAUGGCCAAUGGAUUCGGCUGCUGGGAAAGGGUCGCCCCCAACUUUCCCCGCCGCUCUAUUAAAGAUCUCCAGGCAUGCGCCCGAGCCAUUAUAUUGCACUGUCUCAACCACGGACCCUCGGUGGAACCCGGGGUGGCCAAUGAAAUCAGCGAGAUCUUGAAUGUUCCGGUAGAGGCCCUGAGCGAGCGUAUCGAGGUGCCCUACCACCAAGCAACCAAGCGCCAGAUUGCGGAGUACCGCUCGCUUUUGAUCGACGCAUCUCCCGAGUAUCUCGACCAUCUUACCAAGAAAGCCAAGAACCUGAUCACCAGGGUCGUCAUGAUGCAUGAACUGCUAGAUAAGGUCAAGCCCACUCCAGGCAUGGAAAUGCCUAUAAUGACUUGCGCGCCCCCAGCCUCUUGGUGGGGUAUGGAUGAAGAUCGAGACCUGCUCGUCGGCAUCGCCAAACACGGAUACCAGCAAUACGAGAAGAUCAGAACCGACCCCGAGCUUUGUUUUUUCUCACGCAUCUUCAAGAACUCGGCAUCUGGCGAGAUGGAGUUGGACCAGCCCCUCGAAGACCCCGACGCCGACGAUGAUGUUGAUGCCGAUGUCGAUGACGAUGUUGAUGCUGAUGCUGAUGUCGAUGCCGAUGCCGACGCUGAUGUGGACAUGAAUGAUGUCGGAGAGAAGGUCAAAACGGCAUUUUCAAACGAUUUGGCAUCAUCUCCUCUCAAUGCGGCCACGGAUUCUACAAGGGCUGCCCAAUUGGGAAGCGACAAGCAGAGCGCCCCCGAUUCCAAACUUGCGGAACACACUUUCGUUGAUAAGCACGCCGUGACGGUCGAGAACGGCUCUGCAACUGCCAGGAGCAGCAACUCCGAGGACCCUGACGGCAGUGACCCUGUCAGAGACAGCGAGGCCCAAUCGGACGGCGAGUCCGAGGCUGUGUUCCCUUCGCCUAGUGAGCUUGGAUUCCGAGUUCGCAAGCUUCUGGCAGCGUUUUCGCGAAUGCAGCAGAGCGCUGCUCGCGUCGAAGCCAAGAAACAGCUCCAGAUCGAGAAGCAGCGGCAGCGUCAAGUGAGAGAGAUGCAACGAAUCAAGAACAAGGAAAAGGAGCUGAACAAGCGAGAGAAGCUUGAGUUCCAUCGAACCCUUGUCAACUAUGGCGUGGCCUACAUUGGCUUUGAUGAGCGAAGGCGAGACUGGGCUCGAUUCAAGGAGCUGUCUAAUUUGCGCAAGCCCGAUGACGUGCUGGACGACUAUUUUUUGACCGUCAUGGCGACUUGCCAGGAGCUCUGUGACCGCGCUGCGAUUGCUCUUCGAACCGAGAACGGCCCCGAGGACGACAGCAACAGGACCGAUGACAUUGACCGCUUUGGCAAGGACGAGUACAUUUCCUAUGACAAGGCCAAGAGGAUCUUGAAGCGUGUUACACUCCUCAAAAGCAUCCGUCUCGAGGUGCUCCCUAACCCCAUGCUGGACGAAAUCCUGCGCGCUGGAAAGCGGCACGCCCGCUCGGCCAUGCCAGCAUGGUACAUGCCAAAUCUUCACGACAAGCCCUUCCUGGAAGGCAUUGCCAAAUGGGGCCUUUGCCGCAGUGAUCUGAUCAUGGAAGAUCUCGAGCUUCCCUUCCGCAAACUCUUCUUACACCACCAGCAUCGCCAUGACGAAGUUGAGGAUGGCCCUCUGACGUUUGAUAUGUUUUGGAUGAAGGACGCCCUCGUCACCAAGCGCCUCGAGGUUCUCAUCGAGCUCGUGAGAAACCCUCCCAAGCCGCGUGGGCGACGCAGUCUGGCGACGAGCUCACCUUCGAAGGGUUCGGCUUCAAGGGGCAGCCGCGGUGGCAACGGCGCGAUCGACUCUGGUGACAACAGCGAUUCGGAUUCGUUUGCGCCGUCGAUGAGCCGCCCUUCAAAUGCGGCCGUGGUUCCCAGAUUCAAGCUCAAGAUCAACGACUCCUCAAGCAUCAUCAUCUCGUCGGGUCCCUCGACGCCGUCGACGACAGCAUCAAAAUCCAAGCAUUCGAGAAAGCGCAAGAGCGAUCUGCGAGGAUCGUCGCCCGACUUUGACAGUGGCGAAGACACUGACGAUAUCAUCACCAAAGCAAUGCGCAAGACGCGCACCUCCAGCCACGAUCCGUCGCGGGAUCUCUCGCUCUCGUCAGGAUCGGGAUCGGAGCAGUCAUCCGACGACGACCCGUCUGAUGCCGAAGGCGCAUCGCAUCGUAAAAAGAAGCGAAGUUCGUCGGGCCGAGAUAGCUCCGAGCGCAAGAAGAAAGAGAAGAAGCGACAUCGCCACCACGACGAGUCCGAUCCCGAGCGACAGGGCUCGAAAAAGUCCAAGAAACACAAGCAUAAGCACAAGCACAAGCACGAUAAAGAGAAGCGCCAUAAGCAUACCGACGAUGAUAUGCUGCUAAAGGACAAGGGCAUGGAGUUUGACCUCGAGUGAGCUCCUUCUGCCUGGAGUACUGAGACAUGUGCGGCCGCCAUCGUGCCGGUGCCGCCUCGCUGUGCCAUCUUCCGUGGUCGAGCUUGUCGACUGGAUCAAACUCGCACUUUUUUGCCAUCGUUAUCUGCGCUUUUCUGCACAAUUGGUGGAUCGUGGAUUUGCAGCUCGCUCCGUAAAGCAUAGACCCGGGCUACUCGUUGUAUCCUGCCCCGCCUGCUCUCAAUACAGCGAUGAUGAGAAUGUGGAUUUUGCAAAGA